AUGAUGAGCGCCCCUCUGCAGCGACUUUGCAAUAUCCUAGGCGGGAACACGAGUCGGCGGGUAGCGACGAUGACUCCUUCCGACGCGCAGAAGGAUCUGAGCGUCGCCGGAAGCCCACGCAGGCCUGGAACGGACGUCGCUGAGAAGGAGAUAGAUGUCGCUUCCCGCCUGCCUCGGCUCGCAAAGUCUGCUAUGCUUAUGGGCGAGAAUACGACGGUGCUUGAUCCGGAGGUGCUGCAUAUGGUCAUGCAGAGCUGCAGCCCGCACGACCUCGCCGUGCUGCGCCGCGUCUGCCGCGCGUUCAAGCUGCACAUCGACGAGCGGCCCGCGCUUUGGCGGCCUGCGAGGAAGGUCAUCUGCGAUGCUCCUGCGCCAAGUGCGCUUCCUCCCUUGAAGGGAUUUGUACGGCAGGCCGCCGAUGCGGAUGAGAUUCAGGAGGGGCUGACGGAGGCGGAGUGGGCGCUGCAUCUGUUCACGGGCGCGCUCGAAACCAAGCGGGGUUAUCAGGCGGUCCCAAUGCUUUGGCUCGUGGACUACAAGCGCGAGUGGACGAAGUCGCAUAACAAGAACAUGGAGAUCAUCGGCGAGUUCAUCCGCGAGAAGGAGCGGCUCGGCGUCGAUGCGAAGAAGAGGCGCGUGCGGGAGUUCCUGCGCACGCCCGUGUGCGUCGGCCUGCUCCAGGCGUUCCGCCGCGACCUGGAGGAUAUUGAUUAUGCGACCCUGGCGCGCGCCUACCCCGAGAUUGUAGACCAGGCCGCGCGAGCGAAGUCGGGCGACCUCUCGAUGCUCCCUCGUGGCUACCGCCUCCACUCGCGCGAUAAUAUUGUGUGCCCGACGUGUCACCCUCCGGUCAAACGGGCGUAUACCUUGGACGCAAAGCUGAAGAAGAUCGUCUAUCUCGAGAAAGGCGAGCCAAUGGUCAACUGGAAGGAGCCGAAGAAGUACAUGAUAGGUGAUGGGAUUCAGAAUCAUUAUACUGCUAAGCACCCCAAUGUCAAGCCGCCGCUCCUUCGAGUCACCUUUGCAUGCAGCGCUUGCCCGACAACCGCGAAACCCAGGCUUUAUUGCAAUCAAGGCAUGAUUGCGCAUCACCAUAAUGCACAUGGUCCCAUCAACCCUGCCUGGUGA